GUCAUUUGAGCAGGGGAAGCCUACCCUUAUACCAAAAAAUGGUUGGGCCAUCCUAUCUAAAAUCUCUCCAAUUUCUUAACCAUUUCUCUGUGAAGGCUCUCCCAUACCCAUACCCAAACUCCAUGAAAAUCAAAACCCUUGUUCAUACUCAUAUCCUCAGACAUUUUUGCAGACUCAUCUAUGCACUAACCAAAGCUAAGUCCAAGCUCAUUGAACUGCUCAAGCAGAACAGCCAUGACUACUACAUUGAAAGCAUCAAUAAGAGUAUAAAGAACAAGAAGAUGAGGAAGAAGCUGUUUGGUUCAAUUGGAGCACGCUACUGCUGGUGUUCUUCACAUGUGAGACCCAUGCCCAUGCCUAUUCCUAUGCCUGAGCCCUCUAUGGAUGGGUUAAGUAAUAGCCAUGCCUACUAUGAUUCCACAUGGAACUCUGUUUUCCCUGCUGAUGAGGACUGUGAAGAAGGAAUGGAGUCACAACUAUCAGGUUACCUCCAUUGGCUUGAAGAGAAGGUUCCUGAGAGUUCAGCAGUUGAUGUAGAGGUCGAUGAGAUUGAUCGACUUGCCGCCAAGUUUAUCGCAACUUGCCAUGAGAAGUUUAGGCUAGAGAAGCAAGAGUCAUACAGGAGAUACCAAGAAAUGAUGGCUAGAAGCAUAUGAGCGUGAGAGAGAUACUCUGUUUCUCCUUAUUGUGUCCCAAUGGAGGUUUCAGAAAUUGGUUACAGGUUGAGUUUGAUGGCUCACAGAGUUGGGUUUUUCUUUUCUUCUUUUCCUGUUGUCUUUCCCCUUGAUGGGUUUGGAAGAACUGUUAUGGGUCCCUGGAAAUAUGCAGUUUUCAAGUAAAAUUGUUCAAUGA